AUGGCAAUCGCUAACAAGAUGCGGAUCUAUGGCGACAAGGCAGAGGAUGUCACCAUUGUUGAGAAGAUUCUUCGAUCCAUGACACCAAGAUUUAAUUUUGUUGUCUGUUCUAUAGAAGAAUCUAAUGAUGUUGAUGAACUUUCAAUUGGUGAAUUGCAAAGCUCUUUGUUGGUUCAUGAGCAAAAAAUUAACCAACCGGAGAAAGAAGAACAUGCAUUGAAGGCCUCAUUUGAAAGUCACUCUACACAAAGUCGGGUUGAUAAAGGACAAGGAAGAUGUACAGGUCGCAGUAGAGGAGGCAGAGACAACAAUGAUCGUGAAAACCAACAACAAAACCAUCACCAAGAGAAUCAAUUUCAAGGAAGAGGAAGAGGACGUGGAGGCCAUCAAUCAACUAGACCAAAGUUAGCAGACAAGUCCAAUGUUAAAUGCUAUAGAUGUCAUAGAGAGAAGUCUGCAUUCUUUGAGUUAGACGAAGCCUUUCGUGAUGUUGUGAAGUUUGGUGAUGAUUCUAAAGUCUUCAUUAUGGGAAAAGGAAAGGUAGCAAUUCAAACCAACAAAAAUUCUAUCCAAACUAUCUCUAAUGUUCUCUUUGUUCCAAAUUUGAGAACAAAUUUACUCAGUGUUGGUCAGCUUCAAGAAAAGGGAUAUGGAAUCUCUAUAAAAAACGGAGUCUGCAGAAUUGUAGAUGAAAAAUUGGUCUUGGUGGCUCAAGUAAACAUGACAGCUAACCGAAUGUUUCCAUUGUAUCUCAACAGCACCACUUAUUCAUGCUUCUCAGCAAAAUUGAGAGAUGCAGCACGGCUAUGUCAUUUUCGCUAUGGCCACCUAAACUUUGGUGGCCUGAAGACUCUACAACAGAAAGAUAUGGUGAUUGGUCUUCCUCAAAUCACAGCUCCCUCAGAAGUUUGUGAAGAAUGUGUUGUUAGCAAACAGCACCGUAAUCAGUUUUCAUAA